GUUGUGGAGAAACCUGCCUGUCCACUUGGAACUGGGAGAGAGGAGGAGCCUGUGGGGUGUGGGACUCUAGACAAAGGAGACAUAUACACACUGACACUGGAUCACUAGAGCGCAAGGAGAGGCAGACAGCUGGAGACAAUCCUCAACUCCUGGAAUACUUUGUUUGUUUUGGAAAACUUGUCCAAAGGAAAAAAAAAAAAAAGGGGGGGGGAAUAUUGUCAGCUGUACGUCUCCUCGUGUGAGCUGAAAGAUGUUUGUGUUGAGGCACUGGUCGCCAUAUUCUGCCUGUAGUGCAGAGACGUGCGUGUGUUAGUAUGUUUGGGAUGGAAAAGUGGGGCUGGCACGACCAACAGCUCUGCUCUUAGCUCUACGCCAUGGGGGGUUGCCAUAGUUACCCCUCAGCGACAAAGACAGACGGCACAGCUCUGCACCCCUCUGACAUCAACAAUGAAAAACUGGGAAUUAACAACAAUAAUCUGGAAGAGCGUCCGUAUCUCCAGCAACAGUUCGUGUGCCAGCGGGUCACACACACAGACAUAUUCGCCCUCACAGCGCUGCCGCCUGGCGUUGACAAGGCAGAGUGGCUCGCCAGCAACACCGUGGCGUUUUUCAAGCACAUAAACCUGUUCUCCAGUGCACUGUCUGAGUUCUGCACUCCCAGCACCUGCCCGACUGCAUGUGGACCAGGCAACACAGUUUAUGUCUGGACUGACGAACAGGGCAGGAAGCUGAAGUGCUCCGCCCCACUUUACUUUGACUACGCCAUGUCAUACAUUCAGGAUCUAUUGACUGAUGAAGACGUGUUCCCCACCAAAACAGGUGCAGUGUUUCCAACAGGCUUCGUCUUUCUGGUACAGAAGGUGUUUUUGCUGUUAUUCAGGACUCUGGCUCACAUUUACUGGUGUCACUACAGAGAGACACUCGCUAUGGGUCUGCACCCACACCUUAAUACACUCUUCACACACCUCACGCUCUUCUGCCGGCAGCAUGCACUUCUGGAGCCAGAAGAUAUAGAGCCGCUGCAGGACCUCAUCACCGCUCUGGGACAGCAAGGAGCAACUUAAAGAGAAAUACAUGUAUUGAACACCAUUCUCAUAUAUAUUUUUUUUUAUCACACACUUAUUUACUCGUUAUAGCUGAUUAAAAAGCUUUUCAGUGACUCUCACUUCUCUUGGCAAAACUUUACUUCACAGUAUGAUUUUUUUUUUUCUUUCCAAAAAAAAAGGUCUGGAAGUUGUAAAAGAAAAUACUGUUUAUGAACAGCAUGUGGGAGUAUGAAUGAAUCUGUUCUGCUUUAAGAAGCAGUGAAUCAGACCACACAACACUAUGUGACUCUUGUUGUAUAGAGCAGACAUCAGUUAUUGUGAUAUUGUGUGAAACUGUAUUGUUGCAUGUUUGUGUAUUUUAACAUUAUGGUGCAUUUUUCUAUCUUGAUAUGGUCAAGAUCUUUUAGGUCAAAGUCUUCCACAUACACUUAAUAAAAAACAAAAACAAUGAAUGGUCCUGUGGUGUAUUUUCCCAAUGUAAAUAUAAAUUAAAUGUGCCAUCACUGCAUGCUGAAUUGUUGCAGAACCCAUAACAUGAUGUGUUGACGCCAAAAUGUGAUUACAUUGUGGAGACUGAAUUGUAUAUUCUUCAUUUGUAUGGAACUGCUCAGCUUGUCUUUUGUUGUGUAUGAAUCUGUACUCUGCAAUAAACAUUUGUGACAGUUUUGUGUAUAUUGUUAAUUUAAAAAAGAAGGGUUUUAAACUUUCUCAAUAGAAAUAAUGUGUAUUUGAGGUAUUAUUGAAAGUUACCAUUACCGUAACCAUUAAAACUCUU